GCACUACGGUCUGUAGUAGCCGUUGACGGCUCUUGUAGUGACGGAUCAAGUUCUCCUGUAAUAUUUUUAUUUUGUUUUGUGGAAAAAGAAAAAGGAGUACAAGUAACCCGCUUUACACACGUCAAUCUACAGUAUCCGCUCUCUGGUUUUAUAAUAUAAAUACAUUUGUAGUUUCAGCGAGCAAGCUAGGGUAAACGUUACUUUAUAGCACCAGCGUGAGCAAUAAGCUAGUGUAGUAAGCUAACGUGAUUACAUUAUUCUGCCGUACAACCUCGAGACAAGUCGGGACAAGACCAGUCUCAGGGCUCACCAUACUCAAUGAGCGGACAGCGCAAUGUCAGAGCGCUCUGGGCAAACUGCAAAGGGGAAGGAUGGCAAAUCCAAGUAUGCGUCUCUCAACCUGUUUGAUACCUACAAAGGAAAGAGCCUUGAAGCACAAAAGCCUGUUGUUCCCCCCCGCCAUGGCCUUCAGUCUCUUGGUAAAGUUGCCUCUGCGCGGCGCAUGCCACCCCCUGCCAGCCUGCCCAGUCUGAAGGCAGAGAACAAAGGCAACGAUCCCAACGUCUCGCUCGUUCCAAAAGACGGCACAGGAUGGGCAAGCAAGCAGGAACCAGCAGACCCAAAGAGUACCGAUGUAUUGUCAGCACCGCAGCUGGAGUCGCAGCAGCCUGUGGUUUCACAGACGCCUGCACCGACCCGCCCGAGAACCCCGCCAACUCCAGAGGUUCCACCUCCGGUUCCGGCCACGGUUUCAGCCCAGGCCGCAGGGGCAAGGUCCUGGGCUCAGGCCAGUGUUACACAUGGAGCACAAGGAGAUGGUGGAAAGGGAUCAAACCAACGGUCGCCAUUCUCUCGCGAGGAAUUUCCCACCCUGCAGGCGGCUGGCGACCAGGAAAAAGCUGGCAGGGAACAGGGCACUGCAGAUCAGUUGUAUGGGCCCGGACCAAGCCUCCGCCCCCCGAACAUGACGAGCUGGCGGGACGGUGGGGGCCGUGCCCUGGCGCCCACCGGAGAGGGGGUCGCAGAGGGUGGCCCGGGCGGGGUGCUGGCGAUGGAGGGGGCUGCCGGUGGUGGCCAGGCAGGCCCCCCUCCUCUCCAGCAGCAGCAAAACCUCCAGUCCCAUGGGCUGCCUAGGAAUCCCCCCGCUGGCAGCCCUGGCCUGCCCCAGCCCCCCAUGGGCCCUGGGUUCCCCCAGUACAGAGGGAUUAUGCCUCCAUUCAUGUACCCUCCCUUUCUGCCCUUCCCGCCUCCCUACGGCCCCCAGGGGCCCUACAGGUACCCCCCUCCUGGUGAGGCCCCUCCCAGGUUUCGCCAGCAGGGUCAGGACGGCCGCGGGCGUCCCCAGGGCGGUCCCCGUGGUGGGGGAGGAGAGGUGGUGAAGCGACCCUCCAUUCUGAAGCAGGAUGACCUGAAGGAGCUAGAUGAACUAGACCACCAGGACGGAGACGAGGGCUGGGCAGGGGCACACGAGGAGAUCGACUACUCGGCCAAGUUGAAGUUCAGCGACGAUGAAGGAGAGGAAGAUGAGGAGAGGAACGAGAGACCCGAGAGGAGUGAAAGAAGCGAGAGCAAGAACGGUGCACGGGAGAUGCAAAGGUCUCAGGAAGGUCCCCCUCAGGUGGUGCAGCGCUCCCGAGUCUCUGACAGCGGAGUGGACAGGGACACCCACCGCACCCCUCCCUCCAACGCUGACCACGACGGCCCCCCACCCCCCUCCAGCAAGCCAGGAUGGGCCGAGGAUGGGGGCAAGAGCGGCUGGGGGAGCCAAGGCGCCCAUGCCACCUACCAGGGGCGUAGGCCUGGACUGGGUGGGUCCCGGGAGCAGCUCUCCCCCCCAGGGCCUCUCCUCCACCAGGGACAGGGGCCUUACUCCUACUACCGACAGGACCGCAACUCCCCUAAUCAGUCCAGCCCGGUGGUAGCCCCUGAAACUGUCUCCCUGGCCCCCGGGAAGGUCGCCCCCUCCUCGCAGCUCCAACAGCAGCAGGCUACUUCCCCCAUCCCCGGAGGCCCCACCCCUCCACCUCAGACGACUGGCCUGCUGGCCCCGCCCACUGGCGAAGAUGAAGAGGAGACAUGGCGCCAGCGCAGGAAGCAGUCCUCCUCAGAGAUCUCGGCCGCUGUUGAACGCGCCCGCCGGCGCCGCGAAGAGGAGGAGCGAAGGAUGGAGGAAGAGCGCCGUGCGGCCUGCGCUGAGAAGCUGAAGAGGCUGGAUGAGAAGGCCCAGCAGGGUGGUGGUGGGAGCAGCGGAGGCUCCAAGCCCCCCAGUCUGGACGGCAACUCCACCACGGCCGGAAGCCCCAGCCCUUCCCUGUCGGCCUCAGCCUGCUCCCCCAACAUCAGCCAGCCCCCGUCCCCCUGCGUGGACCUUGAGGAGCCCCCCCUGGCUGCCCAGGCUAUUACCAGGGACCUAGUGCCAGGGCCCAGUCCCACCGACAGACAGAGGGCCAAUAGCAAUAGCAGCUAUGACUCCAAUGCUGACACCCAGGUGUGUCCCCAGCCCCCCACUCCCCAGCUGCAGCAGCCCCCUCUGGAGAUCCUGGUCCCUGGGGAAGGGAAGGAGGAGAUCCUAGAUAGUGCUCACGUCCGCAGCGGAGGAGGUGGUGGAGGAGUGGUAGACCCAGUGAAGGUAGAAAGCAUGGGAGGAGGAGCAAGUCGCCAAGCCAGCGGCCCGGGACAGGGCUACUCCAAGUACCAGAAGUCCCUGCCUCCCCGCUUCCAGAGACAGCAACAGGAGCAGCUGAUGAAGCAGCAACAGCAGUGGCAGCAGCAGCACAGCCAAGCAGCAGCCCAACAGAGCCAGCAGCAGUUCCCACCCCAGCAGCCGCAGCAGGGCCCUUCUCCGGGGGCCAGCACUCAGACCCAGUGUCCCAAGCAGCAGCAGUCAGGGUCCCUUCAGUACCCGCCACAGGGCUCAAUGGGCCGCGGCCCCCAGCCCCUGCCCAUGAACUUUGACCCGCGCUGGAUGAUGAUGCCCUACAUGGACCCCCGGAUGAUGCAGGGGGGCAUGCAGGGUCGACCUCCAGGGCCCAUGGACUACUACCCGCCCAACAUGCAACAUGCAGGGAUGAUGGGGCGAGAGCGCUCCGAUUCGGGGGGCUCUGGUUCAGACACCUUCGACAGGCAGCAGCACCCGGGACACCCCAACCGUGGGACACCUCCCAUGGAUCCCAAACUGGCCUGGGGGCCUGAGGUGUUCCCUGGGGGCAGCGACGGCAGGGGACUGAGCUCCCCUCUGAGACAGAAGCAGGCACUGGAAGAGGAUGAUGUCAGUGGCAAAGGGCCUAGGAGUGACACCCCUCCAGUCCGUGGUAUGCGAGAGGGAGGGCCAGGCCCCAUCCAGCAGCCCAACUCUGUUUCGGGCUCCUCCAACCAGACCCCACCCCCUGUGGGCACUCUGGUGGGGGGCCAGGGAGGAGGCAGCCACCACCCCCACCACCACCAGUCCUACAUGGGUGGCCGGGGCAACUACAGCAACUUUCCCGACCAGGGCUCCCGCAUGGCCCACCAGCAGCAACAGAGGGGGAGUGGUGGAGGCUUCAGCCACCAGGAUGAGGGCCAGGGCCACAAGGGUGGCCAGCAACAGGGCCAGGUCUGGGGGGCCCCCCACCCCCACUACGACCGCAAUGGGCGCACUGACCUCCCCCAGGAGAAUAACAACCUCCACCACCCUCAACACCAACAACACCAUGGUCAUCAACAACACCAAGGCCCCUCCCACUUUCCCCUCCACCCCCACAAGCCCGAGAAUGGCCGCGGUGAGAGAGGAGGCGAAGCCCCCAAGAAGGGUGACCCCUCGCCCCCACUCCAACAGCCGUCCCUCUCCUCCUGCUCAUCCUCCUCCUCGUCAUCCUCAGCCAGGGACGACGGCAGCGGCAAGGCGGUCGUGCAUCUCCUCCCACCUCAGCGCAAGGCUGACACAGGAACCGGGCAGAGACAUGAUGCAGGAAGCAGCAGAGAGAUGAAGCAGGAUAAGAUGGGCCACAGCCAAUCUCAGUCCUCUGUGACGUCUCAGCAGUCCCAGCAGCAGAGGCAGGGCCAGGAGCAGCACCACCACCGUGAUCCUAAGCCCAACCAGCGGGAGCGAGGGGGGAGAGAACACAAGACUGAGACCCAGUGGGGGCCACGGCCCGGCAGCAGCAACGCAGGAGGCCCCUCGAACAACAGGAGAGGAGGGAGCGGAAACAACCGCGGAGGGGAGGAUUCAUCCAAUCACCCAACAGCGUCUGACCACAACAAACCUUCCGGUGGCAGCAACACCAAUAAGAGGGCAGGGCCUAUCAAGAGGCCUGUGCUGAAGGAGAUGAAAAGAGAGGGUGGGGAGGGCGAGGGAGGAGAAAAGACCAGCGGAGGAGGCUCUGGAAAAGACAAAGACGGAGGCAAUUCAUCAGUCAAGCAGGAAACAUCCUCCGGCCCACAGAGCUCCUCUGCAGUGUCUGGUAAAGAAGAACUGGCUCAGACCGGUCCCAAACCCAGAAACGGAUGGAAGGACCGAGCGGCGAACGAACGAGGAGGAGUGGGCAAAGGUCCCAAAGACGGUGUCAACCCCACCCCCUCAUCAGGGUACUCUGGCCCCCCAUCCAAUAGGCGGGACAGAGAGCGCUCGUUGGAGAGGGGCGGGGGCGCAUCAUACCACGGCGGCUCGGCCCGUGGUAGCAGAGCCAGCCGAGGACGAGGUGGCGAGUUCUACGGGCGUGGCCGAGGUUACCGGGGCACUUACACGGGCACGGCCGGGGGUGGCAGUGUUAGCCGUGGCAGGGCAGCAGGCAGCAGGAGCAGCCGGGACUACCGAGCUGGCGGCGGCUACCACCAAGAAUUCAAUGACGAGGCAUCGGGGGCAAGGCGCAACCGAGGGGGGUCGCAAGCCAACCCGGGGCGUGCCCGUAACCACAGCGAGACCCGCAGCGAGGGUUCAGAAUACGAGGAGGUCCCCAAGAGGAGGAGGCAGAGGGGGUCGGAGACGGGCAGUGAGAGUGCCGCCAGCGACCUGGCCCAGUCGGACAAGGAGGACCGCAAAUCCAGCACCAAGAAUGGCAGUGGCACAGAUAACUUUACCAGUGGCGGCUCCGCCCCAUCCAGAGGCUCCCAGGCCCGGGUGUUCACCCCCAGAGGGGUGCCCUCUAGGAGGGGUAGGGGGGGUGGCGGAGGGGGAGGAGGUGGCAGCAGCAUCUAUAGAAGUGGUGGAGCCGGAGGAGGAAUGGCUGGAGGUCACAGGUCAGGAUCCAGGGCCGACCCUCAAGGCUGGGCCUCCAAGUCCUCAGCCUCGGUCCGCAAGCAGCAGGGCCCAAUGCAGUCGUCUGCACCCAAAGACACGGGUCGUGGAACCGGUGGGGAGGAGAAGUCAGUGGACGGAAGCCAAGCUCAGAAUCAGGGAGGAGCAACCCCACAAUCUAUCCUUGCUGCACCUACUCCAGCCCCACAGGGCUCCAUGGAGAAUGGAGGAGUUGGGACCCAGCAGUCCACGGCUAAUCCCACUACCAACUCCAGCGGGUCCCUUCCUCUCUCUGGCUCAGACGGGCGUGGCUUUCCUUGCGUCCCCCAGGAUGGCUUUGAGCGCCCCCCGAGACGCCGUCGCCACGGACGCUCCCAACACCAACAGGACAAGCCACCGCGCUUCCGCAGGCUGAAGGAGCGAGAGAACGCUGCUCGCAUCAACGGAGGAGGACGACCCUCCUCGCCCUGCCAGAAUUACAUUCAGGAUGUCACUGACGGCGCACACAAAGCGGUGCCCUCGACCGGCACUGCCCCCAACACUAACCACAUUGCGACCACAACUACCAACAACAACAGCAGUACCGGCACCCAUCUUGGAAGCUCUAACGCAAACAGUCACCACCAUCACUACAACCAGGGCAACUCUGGUCCUGCCCACUCUCAGCAGCACCACAACCCAGCAGGAGGCGCCAAAUCCCCUGACUUCUCUAACCAGAACUCAGACCAGGCCAAUGAGGAGUGGGAGACCGCCUCCGAGAGCAGUGACUUCACCGAGUUCCGGGAGAGGGAGGGAGGAGGAGGGAAGUCCUAUUCCUCCCAUCACCAUCAUCACCCACCCGGAAGAGGAGGUGGAGGUGGGGGAGGGGUCGGAGAGCGAGAGAUGACUGCGAAGGAGCAGGCGGCAAACAAGAGAAGCUUCUCCAGCCAGCGUCCCGGUAUGGAGCGACAGAACAGGAGGGUCAACGCUGGAGGAAGAGAGGGAGGUGGGGGAGGAAGAGGCCCACGGGGCCCGCCCAGUGGGGGAGGAGGCGGAGCUGGAAAUGGAGGGGGCCAACGCGGUGAGCGCCGUGGAAACUGGCCCUCCCCCAAAAACAGGAAGUGAAGUAGAAGAUCUGAAAACAUUUCAAAUGCAUCCCCCUGCCCCACCCCUCUUCUUUAUCCCUUUCUGUAUCUAUUGUUCCCUCAGCCUCUUACCUGUUCUCAUCCCUUAACAUAUUAGCACAUAGUUAUGGAGACAGUGUACACACAUGUUUAAACCCCCCCUCGCUUCUUUCUCCAUCCAAUUGCAAUCUACCGUCCGUUAUUGUAGUGUCAACUCUGCUCCCUCCCUGUCAUGUCCCCCCACCCUACAGAAUUCCACCCAAAUUUAGGUUUGAUUAGACACCCUUGUUCGUUUCGAACACACACCUCUUUUGACUGAGAACAUAACUACAAAAAACAUGUUUGCAUUUACAAGCACAAUAUGACAUAUAACAGACAUACACAACCACGCGCAGUAGUGUGUGUACGCAGUGUGACAUGUCAUGAUAAACAUGUUGGAGGAAUUGGCUAGCCAGGAGAAGGCAGAUUUUUAUAUUGAUGUUACCUGUGUAUAUUUCUACCAUGCUUUUGGUUGGGGUGGUAUUCGGUAGGGCAGUUAACUUCAUUAUAUUUUCCCACAUGGGGUAGGGGGGGGGUUUCAGGUUCUUCUUUCAACGAGAACAAUUGUACCAUAGAUUAUAAUAAAAAAUUCUCUACCUUGUUUUUUUCCCUCCUUGGUCAGUUUUGUUUCACCCCCCCUUUAAAAAGUUAGGUAUGUGUAUUUUUUUCUUCUACAAAGCAGGUCAUUAAAAUACCUUUUUAUACAACUCCCCCACCUCUUGAGUUUUUGAUCUCCUGAUCUGUUUAAUUACUGUGACAGCCACAGUAGACCAGUUGAAAUACUACUGCUCACCCAUCCACACUCUCCUCACAUUGAUUGUAUCUCGAAUAUCAAUGUCUUUGCUGCUUGUUCAGAACUAGGCUGUGUGAUUGAGUUUUUGUUGACCUGCUCUUAUUACUUUCCAAUGCUCUUUUGGUUCUGUUAGAUAAAAGGCUCUCUCAACAUAGCAUUCUCUUCUCUGUUUUGCAGAAGAUUCUCUCCUGUUCAUUUUGAAGUUUGUUUACCCUAAGAAGACUGAAUUGAUAGCUUGAAUGCUUUAUACACACACACACACACACACACACACACACACACUACCGGUCAAAAGUUUUAGAACAACCUUCUCAUUCAAGGGUUUUGCUUUUUUUUUCUCAUUUCAACAUUGGAUAAUUAUAGUGAUAACACAUGGAAUCAUGUAGUAAUCAAAAGUGUUAGACAAAUCCAAAUAUAUUAUAUUUGAGAUUCUUCAAAUAGCCACCCUUUGCCUUGAUGACAGCUUUGCACGCUCUUGCUCUUGUUUUCCUUCACUCUGCGGUCCUACUCAUCCCAAACCAUCUCAAUUUGUUUGAGGUCGGGGGAUUGUGGAGGCCAGGUCAUUUGAUGCAGCAUUCUAUCACUCUCCUUCUUGGUAAAAUAGCCCUUACACUGCCUGGAGGUGUGUUGGGUCAUUGUCCUGUUGAGGGAAAAAAUGAUAGUCCCACUAAGCCCAAACCAGAUGGGAUGGCGUAUCGCUGCAGAAUGCUGUGGUAGCCAUGCUGGUUAAGUGUGCCUUGAAUUCUAAAUAAAUCACUGACAGUGUCACCAGCAAAACACCCCCACACCAUAACCACAUCCGCCAUGCUUUAGGGUGGGAAAUACACAUACAGAGAUCAUCUGUUCACCCACACUGCGUCUCAAAGACAGCGGUUGGAACCAAAAAUCUCUCAUUUGGACUCCAGACCAAAUGACAGAUUUCCACCGGUCUAAUGUCUUGCUCGUGUUUUUUGCCCAAAGCAAGUUAUCUUCUUAUUGGUGUCCUUUUAGUAGUGGUUUCUUUGCAGCAAUUCGACCAUGAAGGCCUGAUUCCCUCUGAACAGUUGAUGUUGAUAUAUCUGUUGCUUGAAGGAUUUAUUUGGGCUGCAAUUUCUGAGGCUGGUAACUCUAAUGAACUUACCCUCUGCAGCAGAGGUAACUCUGUGUCUUCCGUUCCUGUGGCGGUCCUCAUGAUAGCCAGUUUCAUCAUAGCACUUGAUGGUUUUUGCGACUGCACUUGAAGAAACUUUAAAAGUUCUUAAUGUUCCGUAUUUACUGACCUUCAUGUCUUAAAGUAAUGCUGGACUGUCAUUUCUCUUUGUUUAUUUGAGCUGUUCUUGCCAUAAUAUGGACUUGGUCUUUAACCGAAUAGAGCCAUCUUCUGUAUACUCCCCCUACCUUGUCACAACACAACUGAUUGGUUCAAACUCAUUAAGAAGGAAAGAAAUUCCACAAAUUAACUUUUAACAAGGCGCACCUGUUGUAUUACAUUCCAGAUGACUACAUCAUGAAGCUCGUUGAGAGAAUGCCAAGAGUGUGCAAAGCUGUCAAUGCAAAGGGUGGCUAUUUGAAGAAUCGCAUCUCAAAUAUAUUUGGAUUUGUUUAGCACUUUUUUUUGUUACUACAUGAUUCCAUAUGUGUUAUUUCAUAGUGUUGAUGUCUUCAUUAUUAUUCUAUAAUGUAGAAAAUAGUAGAAAAACCCUUGAAUUGAGGAGUGGUUCUAAAAAUGUUGAACAGUAGUGUGUGUGUGUGUAUGUGUAUAUAUACAUACAUAUAUACAUACAUACAUACAUACAUACAUACAUACAUUACCGUUCAAAAGUUUAUAUAUAUAUAGAUAUUUUCGCAUGAAAUUUCUUGUUAGGGAAAAAUCUGUUCAUUGAAAAUGCGAGAAGUAAAUGCAAAGUUAUUUAAUCUUAUUUUAAGAUGCUGUUUAUUCUUUUUACCUUACUUUUUUUUUUUGCUUCAAGAGAUGAGGCCACACCUAUAGUAUAAAGAAAUGGUUGGUGUAUUUUUAUUGAGCAAAGUUGUUACAUUAUGCAGCUAGGAAUCGUACAACAGUGUUAAGUUUGGCCAUCGGCAUAUUGUGCUUUUAUUAUAUUAAUCUGCUGUCCUACUCGAUGCAGGAAGGCUCUCUACUUAAACACAACUAACUGCACUGUGCUGUAGAAGAGACACUUGUAACCAAAGUAAGGCGGGCAAGAGCUCCAUAUUGAGGAAGUAUUUUCAACGCAUACAUUAAUUCAAGAUGGCCUUUCCAAAAACCUCGAUGGCAACUAAAUAGCUCAAUUGAACUGAAUCUUGGACUAUGGUGGGAAGGGGCAAGGGUGGUCUGUGUUCACACCACUGAUUUCCAAAUACAUUUGCAAAGUAUACUAUUAUUCUCCAAGAGUGUUAUAGGGAAUACAAGGGUUUAGAACUUUUGAUUUCACAGACAGAUGUAUAUCACACGACGAAUGAAAUGGCACACAGCUUGUUUUGAACAUUUGAUGGGGGGGGGGGGGGGGUGCAUCCUACCAAAUAAUAGAUUAAUUUCUAAUUUUUAUUUUUUUUAUCUUCAUCUGCAUACAUUUUUCACAGCUUGUAAGUUGGGGUUUGUUUGUUUACUGACACCCACCGUUUUAAGAUUCGCUUUGGGAUGUUGUGAGUAGGGAAUUUGAGUGUAUGUGUGUGUGCAUUUUCUGGUGUCUGUAAUAUCUUAUUUUUUGGGGGGGUUAUGUGGAUGGCAAACACUUUUGCCUUGUUUGCCCACACUUAGUUUUAACAACUAUAUUAAGACAAUUUACAGUUUUUUUCUUAUAUACAUUCACGUAUAUACAUUCAAGUGUGUGUGUAUAUAUAUGUUUAUCCAAAUGAAGUACAUAAUCAGUUCUUGGGGUGUAUUGAAAUGUUUACCAUACUCUCUUAAGGCAGUCAAAAUGAAGUGGGUAUAUUUAAUUUUUCAUUAUGACUUCUACUAAGCAUGACCACAUCCACGGGUGCAGCUCACCUUGCCUGUGAAAACAACAGUGGUAGCCAUACACUUAACACAGGCUUGUAUGAGCCCUGCAUCCUUCCCUAACACUUACUGUUGAUGUGCUCAUAUUGUAUGUACCCAUGUUUAAAGAAAAAAAUAGUGUAUUCUUGAAAACCUCAAAGAUUGUACUAUAUUUCCAGCAUCACACCAAGGUACCUGGAGUGGUUAAAGCUGUUCUAUAAUUUAUGGUUUAUUAAUGGAACCGUAUUAUACACACAUGUAUGUAUAUUGGUAUGUAUCUAAGUUUUUGUCUACCCCAACUUACAGUCCCACAAACUAAUGUUGCCAUUUCUUAAGUUCAAGGGAGCAAUGUACAAGCAGAGGAGUGUCUUAUUAUAAUAAAAUUAUACAGAGAAAGUUAAAUAAACUUUUUGUUUUAAUGGAAAA